AUGACGGACACUCGUCCAGUCUUCUUCUUUGAUAUAGACAAUUGUAAGUCUGGAGUCAACCCUCUAACACCUUCUCGCGCAGAUAGAUUCUUCGUGCACCAUCUCUCCCUCAACUCUGAAGACGCCCACAUGCUUCAUAUGAAAUACUACAAAGAGUACGGUCUCGCCAUAGAGGGCCUUACGCGCCACCACAAGAUUGACCCGCUCGAAUUCAACCGCCUUGUCGAUGACGCCCUCCCACUAGACAACAUCCUCAAGCCGGACCCGAAGCUGCGCCAGCUCCUAGAAGAUAUCGACCGGGACAAAGUAAAGCUUUGGCUUCUGACAAACGCAUACGUGAACCACGGCAAGCGGGUUGUGAAGCUGCUUCAGGUAGACGAUCUGUUCGAGGGCAUCACAUACUGCGACUACGCGAAUCCGCCGCUUAUUUGUAAGCCGUCCCAGUUGAUGUAUGAUAAGGCGGAGAAGGACGCCGGCGCUACGGAUAAGAGUCAGUGUUAUUUUGUUGAUGACUCCGGCCUGAAUUGCAAGGCUGCCGCGGCUCGCGGGUGGCAGGUGGCGCACCUUGUAGAGCCGGGACUUCCUGUCCCUGAGACUCCGGCUUCGCAGUUCCAGAUUCGAAGCUUGGAGGAGCUGCGGACAUGCUUUCCUCAGUUAUUCAAGAAGUCAUAGACGGGUUGUUGGAUAUAGAUAUACUAGCUCUGGGCGCUGCAAUGAUUGAUGAUAUGAUGGGUGCUUACGUUUUUACAUUUCUAAAUUCUACAGAACAUAUUGUCAUGGGUACAAUGGUAAUAGCUUAUAGAACAUGUCAUGAAUCGAAUCAUUGAUCUAAAUUAUUAC